AUGGACGUCAAGCGCGACGCCAACCACGUCGAGGAGCCCAAGCGCUUCGAGCCCAAACAGCCCGUCCAGCUCGACCCGCCCAAGGACGACAUCAUCUCCCUGGACUAUCUCGCCAAGUGCGACGGCUCCAACGAGGAGUACCCCACGCUGGUUGCUAUCAAGGGCACCGUUUUCGACGUCUCGAAGAACGAAGCAUACGGCCCGAAGGGGCAGUACAAAGUCUUCGCAGGCAAAGACGCCUCGCGCGCACUCGCGCAGUCAUCGCUGAAACCCGAGGACUGCCGUCCCGAGUGGGAGGACCUGCCCGACAAGGAAAAGGGCGUGCUGAACGACUGGUUCACCUUCUUCAGCAAGCGGUACAACGUCGUGGGCAAGGUGCAGGCGGGUGCGAAUCUGUGA